CCCAUGCUGGCCCGGGCUGUGCCCAAGCCAGGAGCCUUGCUGGGCUGUCUCUCUGCCCAAGCCGGGGGAUGCCGCCGGGUUGGGAGGGUUGCCACUCCCAUCCCGCCGACUCCUCGACCCUUCGACCAGGUGCCCGGUGACUGGAGAGCAGGUUGGCUCAACCUCUACCGCUUCUGGCAGGAGGGUGGCUUCCACAACGUCCACCACAUCAUGGCACGCAAGUUCCAGCAGUUUGGCCCCAUUUACAGGGAGAAGCUGGGUGUCUACGACAGCGUCAACAUCAUCAGCCCCCGGGACGCUGCUACCCUCUUCCAGGCAGAGGGGGCGCUGCCGGAGCGCUUCAGCGUCCCCCCCUGGGUGGCUUACCGGGACUAUCGCAACAAGCCCUACGGGGUGCUCCUCAAGACGGGGGAGGCCUGGCGCUCGGACCGCCUGCUGCUGAACAGGGAGGUGCUGUCCCCGCGGGUGGUGGAGGGCUUCGUGCCCCUGCUGAGCCAGGUGGGCGAGGAGUUCGUGCGGCGGGCGCGGGCGCAGGCGGAGAAGAGCGGCAGGCAGCGCUGGACGGCAGACUUCACCCACGAGCUCUUCCGCUUCGCCCUCGAGUCUGUGUGCCACGUGCUGUACGGGCAGCGCCUGGGGCUGCUGCAGGACUUCGUGGAGCCCGAGGCUCAGCGCUUCAUCGACGCCGUCAGCCUCAUGUUCCACACCACCUCCCCCAUGCUCUACCUGCCGCCCGCCCUCCUGCGCCGCCUCAACGCCAAGGCCUGGCGGGACCACGUCUGGGCAUGGGAUGCCAUCUUCUCCCAGGCCGACAAAUGCAUCCAGAACGUCUACCGCGACCUGCGGCUGCAGCGCAAGAGCGCCACGGGGUACAUGGGCAUCCUCUGCAGCCUCAUCGUCCAGGACAAGCUGCCUUUGGAUGACAUCAAGGCCAGCGUCACCGAGAUGAUGGCAGGAGGGGUGGACACGACCUCCAUGACGCUGCAGUGGGCCAUGUUCGAGCUGGCAAGGUCCCCAGGGGUGCAGGAGCAGCUGAGGGCAGAGAUCUUGGCUGCCAAACGGGAGGCAGCAGGGGACAGGGUGAAGAUGCUGAAAAGCAGCCGGCUGCUCAAAGCUGCCAUCAAGGAGACGCUCAGGCUGCACCCCGUGGCAGUGACCCUGCAGAGAUACACCACGCAAGAGGUCAUCCUCCAGGACUACCGCAUCCCCCCCAAGACGCUGGUGCAGGUCGGUCUCUACGCCAUGGGCAGGGAUGCUGAGGUCUUCCCCAAGCCAGAGCAGUUCAUCCCCCAGCGCUGGUUGGCAGAUGGCCCCAAACACUUCAAGGGGUUGGGCUUUGGCUUUGGACCUCGCCAGUGCUUGGGGCGUCGGAUUGCCGAGCUGGAGAUGCAGCUCUUCCUCAUGCAGAUCCUGGAGAACUUCAAGAUUGAAACCAUGAGAGCAGUGGAAGUGGGGACCAAGUUUGAUCUGAUCCUGAUCCCUGACAAACCAAUCUACUUGACCUUACGGCCGCUCCAGCCCCAGGCUUGAGGAGAGUGACCCCCCCCCCAGCUCCCAGAUGCUCCCAGUUUGGAGGCCAUCCCCACAGCAACUCAACAAGGCUCUGCUGGCUCCUGUGGCCCCCUGGGGAUGUGAUUUUGGGGACAGCUGGGAGGCUUUCAGGGCCACAACCUUGGCUUGGUGCAUCCCUGCCUUGGCUCAAGGCUGCGCUUUACGCCACGGAGGGAGAGAUAAGCUGGAGCAAGCCCUGGCCCUGCCAUCAGCCCUGGAGCCACCAAGGCUUGGUGAGUGGGUGGGUGCUGCUUGGAGGUCCCCAAGGACCAUGGUGAUGCUCCUCUGUUGCCUUCUCAUGCUUUGCUUUGCCUCUGAUUCACUCUGGAAUUCCAGCAGGUGGAAAAGCAUCAGCUCCUGUUUGCCA